AUGGACGCUAGCUACCUUUCUCAGCAAGUCAACACCAUCAUCGGCCAGCUACAUGGCCUCUUCGACGAAAUUGGAGUAUCUAACCAUGAUCGCGAAGGUCGGGAGGCAGAGCUUUUCGUAGCCCUGUCCGAGACGCUGCAUAAUCAAGUAAAGCAAGUGACGACAGAGAAGAAGGACAUGGUCGAUGAGGCAAACCGACUCAUCACCGUUAUACGUCAGAUGGAAGUAUCGCUGGAUGACAGCAAAUCUCAGCGCAACUACCACCCAGAUGAUGACGACCUCAAGAUCACAGUUCCCUUGUCGCGAUGUCUCACCACCUUGAAGGAGAAACACCAGCAGAUAAGCAGACUCCACCGCGAGAGAUUCGAGCAAGUUAAGAAACUUGUCCAAGCCCUAGAGUCGUAUUCAUCCCAUCUUGAACCGACCUUCGUCAGAAUCGCUCUGCCCCCUACGGGCCCAAAUCAGUCCCUUCCGCCAACUUUUGAUCUCUCGCCCCCAUACGUAGACAAGCUCGACGAUGAGUUCACGCGCGUCUACGAAGAAUACACUCGCCGAGUCGCGACUGUCAAAUCCUUGUCAGAAAACAUCAUCCAGCUGUGGGCCGAGCUGGGCACUCCCCAAGCACAGACUGAUGGCGCAAUCGUCAAGUACUAUCGCGAUGCCCCGGAGCAGCUCGGAUUACAUGAGGAGGAUCUCGCGAGGCUCCGAGGCAAGAGAGACAAGCUAGCUGAUGAGAAGAAGAACCGCGAAAAGCGACUGAAGGAACUUAAGAUGUCCGUCGCAGCGUUGUGGGAGAAGCUGGGUGUCGAAGAGUCAGAGCGUAAGGUGUUCCUGAACGGCAAUCGAGGUUGCGGUGUCCGACAGAUCAACGAAUUUGAGGACGAGUUGGGACGCCUGAAUGAGCUCAAGCGGCAGAAUCUGCACCUCUUUGUGGAAGAUGCGCGAUACAAGCUGCAAGAGUUAUGGGAUGCACUGUACUACUCCGAGGACGAGAUGUUGGAAUUCACCCCAGCAUUCUCGGAUGUGUACAGUGAUGCGCUGCUGGAGGCCCACGAACGGGAGAUCUCCCGGUUGGAGACGUUGAGAGAGCAACGUGCGCCCACUUUGGCGCUCGUCGAGAGACACCGAAAUCUUGUGCAUGAGCGGGAUGAGCUUGCAGCAUCUAGCCAAGAUGCAUCGCGUCUAAUGAUGCGCGGUCAAAAGGGCGAACGACGUGAUCCCGGAAAGUUGCUGCGCGAAGAGAAGAUGCGAAAGCGAAUCUCAAAGGAGCUGCCUAAGAUCGCUGCUGAGCUCCGGAAGAUGCUUGAGAAGUGGGAAGAUGAGUAUGGGCGUCCUUUCCUUGUCCAUGGCGAGAGAUACCUGGAUAACCUAGAAAUGGACGAUCCGAAGCCUGUUCCUGGUCCCAGGUCGAAGACACCCGCUGGCCCUCCGCCUUCGACUGCCAAGAAGCCAGCACCCCCCAGCCGUGCUAAUAGCAACGCCAAUGCAAGCAGAGCGGCUCCUGCCACGAGAUCCAAGACACCGACGGCCAACCAGAAUGGAUUCGGAAGUACCCUCAAGAGGAACCAAGCCCCGCCACAGGCACCGACGAACCCCACGGCUAGUCCCUCCAGGAUUCCUUCACGAGCCCCGCUGACAAACCUCAAGCACGGCAACAAUUCCCCUGAGCGACCGCGACCGGACUCUCGGGCACAAGGACCUUUACGUCCGGGACCGCCGCUAAUGCGGGCGCCUCCUCCGAAGAUGAGAGAACUUGUGCCUGGCCCCGAGCUGGAGACCCCGUCGAAUGCGUAUCGCGCGAAUGGACAGGGCUCUAGCAUCGUCCGCCAGGUCGAGCCCGAAGACGUAUACGACGAUCGGACGUCCCACCAAGGCUACGAACAUUCACACCGGAAUCACGACUCCCAGAGUUCGCAUUCGUCGAUGAGGUCAAAUGAGCGAUUCGCGCAUCCCGGAUACCCUCAAGCCCCGCCCCCACGACAGAUCUCGAACACAUCAACGGCUGUUUCUGGUUCCGAGAACUGGGAAACGUAUGACGACAACUCAGAACCCGAGCCGGAUGCUUCCGACGCCUAUUACGCAAAAGUCCGAGCGGCAAGAGGAAAACGGUUCACUCCCGAGGACCCCUAUUCGCAUUCUCAACCAAGCCAAACGAAACGAAUGAGAGGCAUCCCCCCACCGACCUCGCAUGCUGGACAUGCGGCCUCUCUGGAUAACGAUGCAGGCCGAAUUAUCUCGGGAAGCGAAUGGACGGACGAAGACCCUUACUGA